UUUAGAAGUCUUUUGUAGGGAAAAACAAAAAGUAAUUGUCGAAAAAAUUAAAAGGGCAAGAACAAUUAGGAGUUAUCGCUCAUAUUAACUAUUUUUGGUAUUUUAUAAGAAACUGCUGACACAUCUAGCCAAACUUGAAAUCCGCCAACCGGUCACACCACCAAAAAUCGCUGUGUAAUUCUGCUUCGAAACAACGAAAAAAGAGGAACAAAAACUAACCAUUUACAACGGAAAGCGGAACCAUACAUAAAUUUUUCAUCCAAAUAGAACUGUAGGCGACAGAAAAACGUAAAGAUGACUGGCGAGACCAAGCAGGAGAAGAAGCAACCGGUGCCGGCUCCUAGCGAUGCUAAGGAUUUGAAGGCGAAGCAGGCAGCAUCCGACGGGGCGAAGGGGGGCAAGAAAGACGAGAAGGAAAAGGAGCAGCCCGAGCUUUCCGAUGAGGACCAGCAGCUGCAGGAGGAGCUGGAGCUUCUGGUGCAGCGGCUGCAGGAGUCGGACAAGAAGCUCUACCAGCCAGCCCUGGAAAUGAUGGCGAAGCUGAUUCGAGCCUCCACCACGUCGAUGACCUCGGUGCCGAAGCCGCUGAAGUUUAUGCGCCCGCACUACGAGACCAUGAAGAAAGUGUACAAGCAGAUGCCCGACGAGCAGACCCGUCAGUUGUGUGCGGACAUUAUCUCGGUGCUGUCCAUGACUAUGGGCAGCGGCAAGGACUGCUUGGCCUACCGUUUCCUGUGUGACCGAAAGCAGCGCAUCGGCGACUGGGGACACGAAUAUGUGCGUCACUUGUCCGGAGAGAUCUCCGCUCACUACCACGACACCACCGGCGACUUCCGCACCCAGCUAAUCGAGCUGGUCAAGCAGAUCAUCCCCUACAACAUGGAGCACAACGCGGAGGCGGAUGCCUGCGAUUUGCUGAUCGAAAUCGACCAUUUGCACUUGUUGAGCGACUACGUGGACGAGUCGGCCUACCCAAGGGUAUGCUUGUAUCUGCAGUCGUGCUACCCCUACGUUCCUGAACCGGAUAACACGAUUAUUCUGGAGACGGCGCUGCAACUGUCGCGUAAGUUCACCCAGCACACACAGGCUAUGCGACUGGCCCUUAUGCUGAACGACAUGGACAAGAUUGGCGAGAUAUUCAAGGAGCCCAAGGAGCCGGCCAUGCAGAAGCAGCUGGCGUUCAUGCUGGCCCGCCAGCAGAUCUGCCUGGAACUGGACGAGUCAGUUCCCGACUAUGAUGACCUGAUGGAGAUCAUGUCCAAUGCCAACUUGAACAAGCACUUCCUCAACCUGGCCCGUGAGCUGGACAUCAUGGAGCCGAAGACCCCAGAGGACAUCUACAAGUCGCACCUGGACAACUCGCGGUCGCGCUUUGCUUCCAUCCAGGUCGAUUCGGCGAAGCAGAACUUGGCGGCCAGCUUCGUCAACGGCUUUGUGAACGCUGGCUUCGGCGUGGACAAGCUGCUGUCUGAGGAUGGAAACAAGUGGCUCUACAAGAACAAGGAGCACGGCAUGCUCUCAGCCACCGCUUCUCUGGGCCUCAUCCUGUUAUGGGAUGUCGAUGGCGGUCUGACUAUGAUCGACAAAUACCUGUACUCCACAGAUGACAACAUCAAGUCCGGUGCCCUGCUGGCCUGUGGCAUUGUUAACUGCGGCAUUCGGAAUGAGGUUGAUCCGGCGCACGCCCUGCUCUCCGAUUACAUUGACAACCAGAACACCUGCAUGCGCGUGGGUGCCAUUCUCGGCCUGGGAAUAGCCUACGCCGGCUCGAACCGGUCCAUUGUCAUCGACACUCUGAAGACGGUCUUCUCCUUCGGCAGCAACAAUAAGAGCUCGGCCAGCGUGGAGAUCUUGGGCAUCACUGCCCUCUCCCUGGGUCUGAUCAGUGUGGGCUCCUGCAACGCUGAGAUCACCGAACUCUUGCUGCAGACCAUCAUGGGUCUGACCAAGUCGGAUUUGAAGGAUACCUACACGAGGUUCCUGUUCCUGGGUCUGGGUCUGCUCUACCUGGGCCGCCAGAAGUCCACCGAGGCUGUGAUGAUGACCCUGGAGGUUCUGGAGGAGCCACACCGCAGCAUGGCCACUACCAUGGUUGACAUUUGCGCCUAUGCUGGCACCGGAAACGUCCUUAAGAUCCAGCAGCUGCUCCACAUCUGCUCCGAUCACUACGAGACCACCAAUGCCGACGAUGAGAAGGAUAAGAGCAAAAAGGACAAGAGCAAGGAGAAGGAUAAGGAGAAGGAGAAAGAAAAGGAAAAGGAGCGUGAGAAGGACCUUUCGGCCACGCAAUCCAUUGCCGUGCUGGGUAUCGCCUUGAUCGCCAUGGGCGAGGAUAUUGGCGCGGAGAUGGCAUACCGUUCCUUUGGCAACUUGCUGCGCUACUGCGAACCCGCCAUUCGACGGGCUGUGCCAUUGGCCUUGGGUCUGAUCUCCGCCUCCAACCCCAAACUGAACAUCCUGGAUACGUUGAGCAAGUUCUCCCACGACAGCGAUGCCGAGGUAGCCCACAAUGCCAUCUUCGCCAUGGGUCUGGUGGGCGCCGGCACUAACAACGCCCGCCUUGCCUCGAUGCUGCGCCAGCUGGCCCAGUACCACUCAAAGGACCCCAGCAAUCUGUUCAUGGUGCGCAUUGCCCAGAGCUUGACGCACUUGGGCAAGGGAACGCUCUCGCUGAGUCCCUACCACAGCGACCGCCAGCUCAUGAAUCCCAUGGCCGUUGCCGGUCUGAUGGCCACCCUCGUCUCCCUGCUGGAUGUCAAGAACCUGAUCCUGAACCGGUCGCACUAUCUGCUGUACACCCUUGUGCCGGCCAUGCAGGCUCGCAUGCUGAUCACCUUCGACGAGGAGCUCAACCAGCUGCAGGUGCCCGUUCGUGUGGGUAUCGCCAUCGAUGUUGUGGGCCAAGCUGGCAAACCGAAGACCAUCACCGGCUUCCAGACACACACCACGCCCGUCCUGCUGGCCAUUGGCGAGCGCGCCGAGCUGGCCACUGACGAGUAUUUGGCGCUCACUCCGGUCAUGGAGGGAUUCGUCAUAUUGAAAAAGAAUCCCAACUUUGUUAAAUAGAGAAGUGCAUUCAACCAUCUAAUAUUUAAGAAAGAAAUUAAAGUUCAGAAACUAACACCCAGAGAAUGUCUGUACCCUUUGGAGGCGAUUGAUUCAAAUGUCAUUAAAUAAAAAAUAUAUCUACUUUAUAAAUAAAAAAAACAUUUAAA